GAGAUGCCAGUUUUUCCCACUGGGACUGAACAUUUAUUGAGAGGCCUUCCUGGUUUCCCAGGGAAACCAGGCCCAGCUGGAACACCAGGACUUCCUGGACCUCCUGGAGCUUCCGGACCUAAAGGCAAUCAAGGCACGCCUGGUCCAAAAGGGGAUCCAGGUGACAGAGGCCAACCAGGCUUGCGUGGUGAGAGUGGCUACAGAGGUUUACCAGGUGAACCAGGACAGAAAGGAGAAUGCUGUGACAAAGACUCAGAGGGAGAAGCAGUUGAGCAGCUUCGGGAGGCUUUGAAGAUAAUAGCUGAACGAGUUUUGAUUUUGGAACACAUGAUCAAAAUCCAUGAUGGUUCCGCAACACUGGAGUCUGGGUCAGGUUUUGAAACAUUACCUCCAAAUGUAAAGAUCAAGAGGGAAGGACAGCUAUAUCGUACACUCUCUGCACUGCUGGCUGACAAGGGACGUAAACACAAAUAGAGGCAGCCAUCAUCUGAACGGGACGCCUGGCAAACACAGGCUGAAGAAACCACCGCAAAUGUUUAUUAAAGGUGCAGCAUGGGUUGGCCUAGAUUGGCUUGAUACCUCUUCCCCCCAUACUGCCCCUCCUCCCACACUCCCACACUGGGUUUGACACUCCGCCAGUGACCCAAAGGGACAGCCCCUCUCGUCCCAGCGACCCAGUUUGACACAAAAAGUGUGGUGCUGGAAAAGCGCAGCAGGUCAGGCAGCAUCCAAGGAAUUCCUGAUGAAGGGCUUAAGC